AUGGCGAUGCCUGUUUUAAUACUUGGUCAUUCUUAUAUACGUAGACUGGAUCAGAUGACUAAUGAUUUUCGCCUCGAUUGUAUCAAUUUCGGAUUAGAUGGAACACGGGUACAGGUUUACUGUUACGGGCUUGGCGGGGGAACGAUAUGUCCCGGACCAAAAUCGCUUCAGCAUAAACUGACUUUGCUAAGGGAUAUUCAUCCCAAAAUAGUUAUUUUGCAGUGUGGGGGCAACGAUUUGUCGAGAGAGUGUGACGUCAACGAACUCGCCCGCAAGAUUAUAAACUUUGCAUCCCUCGUUAUGAACGCACCCUCGGUGCAGCGUGUGGUUAUCGGACAACUGUUACCAAGAUUUUCUCAGCGUCUUCGCCACAGCUAUAACGAAGACGUGGUAAAACUGAACCUAGCUCUAGAGGCAAUGGCCAGCAAACAGGAUUUCCUUUCAUUCUGGCAUCAUCGCGGUUUUUGGGCGAAUCCUCGUCCGCUAUAUGCAAGGGAUACGGUUCACCUCAACGAGGUAGGAAUGCGGAAAUACUACCGUAGCAUGAAGGCGGCCAUCGUGUUCCAUUCCCGUCGAAUGUAA